AUGGCGCCGCUGCGAGGAAAUGCGCGACUACAGGUUGGAUCCACAUCAUGGGUGACGGAGGAGAGGACUUCUUCGCUGCAGAUUGCACAGGCGGAAACCGAGGAGUUUACGUUCUCAGCGCGGAACGAGGUGGACUGGCUGAAUGAGCACAUGGCCGAGAUCUUCAGCGAGAACCAAGUAAAUGUCGCCGAGAUAUUCAAAACGCCUGGAAAACUACGAGGGAAGACACCACGAACGGCCAAGAAGAUCAAUCCAUUGGAAGGGCGCGCACCAUUGUCCGAUGUCUUCUCCGCAACACCCCAAGCCCGAGCGAGUCCCUUCAAGCAAAUACGCUUCGAACGACCGGUAUCGACUUUUCGGGUGGCGGAAGACCCGGUGGAUAAGGACGAACAGCUUCUUCCGACUACAUCCAAGGCACAACACAAGUCUCCAACCAGGGCGGCACACAACGCCUUCGAUUCCGGAUAUCACGGAAGUCAGGCCGAUGAGGCGACCCAGCCAAAUGAACUACAUGCUCGACACCAGACUGCUAGGGUCUCACCUGACAAACCUGCAGCAGUCGAAUCUUCGCCCUCACCAGAAUCUCAAGACGGAGAAGACGAAGAAGACGAAGAAGACGAGAAUGUGGUGAUUUUGAGUCGAGAUACCGAAGAGCCUGAGGAAGACGAGGAGCGCAGAGCUCCAGAGGAGUCUUUCGAGACCGCGAAGGAAGAAGGAACCCGAAAUGUCACUGGACGGGUUGAUGUUGAAUCAGAGGUCGAGGAAGAGAGCGAGGACGAAAUGAAUAACCAGGAGCCAGAGGAGCCACUGUACCCCGUUCUUGAGUCGCCUUUGCAAGAUCGAAAUGCGCCAGCUUCCCCACAGAAACGAUCGCCACAAAAGUCUUCUCCGGUUAGACAAUCUCCCGUCAGACAAUCACCAGUCAAAUUGUCACCUACCAAGAAUAUCCAACUUGAUUCCGACGAGGCAGAAGAAGAUGUCGUAGAGGAAGAGGUGCCGGAGGAAGAUGAUGUCCACAUGGACGAUGCACCAUCUCCAUCAGAAGGGUCCAGCCCAAUUCGCCCCAUCGUCCGAAAGAGCAGUCUCAACUUCGCGUCUUUGCCGGCGCGAGAGCCUCUCACAACCAAGAAGAGCAUUGGGAAUCGGGUCUCACGGACUAGCCAGCUGGAGCAAUCCCGCACUAGCUACUACGGACGCACUACCGGUGGAAGGAGCUUGGGCACCUCCAGACCUGAAGAUGGUGACAGUGAUGACGAGAUGGAUGUUGAUGAGCUUGCCCAUGACGAUGCCGGGACGAAUAUGUCACGUCUUCACAAUAAGACAUCCACACAGAGACUUCAGGAUCAGAUUAGCAAGCUCGGACAGUCUCAAACAGGUGUACGGCCCUCGAAAUCGUUUGCUAGCAGCUUGGCUCAGUCACAACCUAUCCAACCUAUCCAGGCUGCUACCGCACAAGAAGUACCACCAAAAUCUCCAGAGCGACAGAAGUCACCUGAGCGGAAAUCUCGUUUGCCUGGUGCAUUCCCCGAUGAUGAGGAGGACAGCUGGAUUGGACCACCUCCCCCUCAGCCUGUCGUGGAGCCAUCAAUCUUCAGUCCUCGACCUGCACUCUCCAAAAGCCAUACAGCGGAUGUAAUGGAACAGAUCCAUGCGAAGGACAGCGUCGGUAGAUCGGAGUUCAAUAUUCCAAAAAGAGGCGAAAAACAGCGAAAUGCAUCACCCGUGCGUGAGCCAAACAUUUCGGAUCAGACUACGAGUAGUCUCGCUCAAUCGAAGUCUGUGUCUACCUCGGUGCUAAAAUCUCCCAAGAAAGUAGGCGAGUCUCCAGGGCAAAAGAAGCCAAUCUCGGUUUCCAAUCCCACCCCACCUGUUCAUACAGUCGACGAAGAGGAGGAUAUGAGUCCGCUCAAAUCCCCCUCGCGAAAUUUCAAAGGUAGUCCUCUCAAGGCUGCAAAGGAUAAGUUCUCGUCGAUUCUGAAGACCUCGAGAGGAUUGUUUGCGAGUAGCGCUGCUGUAAGUGCGGAAGCCAAGUCAUCAGCACUUUCACCCACCCGCAUCGGCAUGAAUGACAACCCUUCACUUGAAGAUGUCCUAUCCCAAACCAAGACUAAGAGUCCUUCGUACCCCAAACUCGACUCUCAUCACAUAGACAGUCAGCAAUCCCUCCAUCGUCCAGCUAGCCCACCAAAAGCUAGUGCGCGGAGGACUCGAGCAUCGACGGAGAGAGAGGAAAAGAGGAAAGAGGCAGAGGCCAGGGAAGCCAAAGAAAUAAAGGAUGCACAGAAGAUGGACGAUGAGCUCGACAAGGUUCGAUUGAAGGUCCGAGAAGAUGCUCGUGUGUACCAUCAGGAGCAGGAGCGCGUCGCAACUAUGCAGAAGGAGGUGAUGGCUAGGAAGGAGCAAGAAAAGCAAGCGAAAGCAAGUCGAGCCGACCUAUCACGAGCGACUCGUAAUAGCCCUCGGAAGACUAAAGCACAGCUCGAAGCUGAGGGAAUCGCGGCUGCUGCUGCGGGCACUGAUGAACUUGCAGGUAAAGAUGCGGAGAUGUCGGAAUCAUCCUCUUCACAAGCGAUGCCUCCUCCUGCUCGACCCAAAUCGCAGAUUGGACGACCAGCAGCAAAGCGACCGUUGAAGGCUGCCACUAGCCAGCCAGCCCUGAAGGGUAAACCUACUGUUAUCAGGGUUGAUACAGGUUCGCAAAGAGGUCAUCACCACCAUCCUUCCAACUCGACACUUUCCGCAUCUCUCCAGGACUCUCUAAAUUCUUCCACAUCGCUUCAGUCUGCACCUUCCCAUGGACUUAGGCACAAGGCCAGCACCAGCUCUAUUCAAAGUAAAGCUUCUACCAACGGCUUCAGGUCGGCUGCUUCUCGGGCACUUGAGUCGGCGGCGAGAAAGAAGGAGCAGGAUGAGCUUGCGGCACAACGAAAGCGCGAGGCGAAGCUGGAAGUUGAAAGACAACGUGCAGCCAUCAAGGAGGGGGAGCGAAGGAAGGAAGAGCAGCUACGCCGGCAGGAAGUCGAACGUCAACGUGAGGUUCGGAGAGAAAACGAGCGCGCUGCUGCCAUUGCCGAUGCCAAGAAAACGGCUUCUCGACAGCUUAUUGAGAAGCGAAGACUAGAAAUGGAAAAGGCGAAGGAGACUAGAGCUCCUCCACCCGCAGCUCGCGCUCCACCCGGUGGUGACCUGGAUAAGGCGCUCCCACCCGUGCCACAGCAGGGACUGCAGUCCAAGCGGGUGAUCCCCGCCCAGCGAUCGCAAGAGGAGAUGGGCCGACCAGUCAGUUCCAUGCAUCAUAGUACCAAGGCUCCACCGAAGCGACCUCUUCAACACGACGCCGACGACUACCAUACUUCUCGCCCUGGUUUGCAACGAAAUGCGCCAUCCCAUCACGAGCAACAGUCCAAGAGAGCGAGGACCACCGAGGAGUUUGACGAUGAUGAUAAUAUGACUGAUGACCAUCCAAAGAUGACAGCGCCGCCGAUCCGACAAUCUAGUGUUCGGCAAAAGGUACGAGUCAACAAACACGUUUCUGAAUUUAGUGCUGACUUUACAAAGGAGGCGCCCACGAAGUCACUCUUCCCGAGUGGCUAUGCUAGUGUACCACACAACUCUAGCCUCCAGCGCUCUACCGUGAUUUCACAGCAACACCAGAUGAACCAAUCCAAGCCUAUGCAUCCGAUGGAUAUGGCUCAGGUUUCCAAGGCACCGAUUGCGUUUGCAUCUAGCUCUGGCCAGCCAUACAAGACCCCUGCUCGUCCAGGUGCACCGAAUGGCAGUGGGAAGUCUGGUGCUAAGUCGGCGGCCAAGUCGUCUCCCCGAUUUCAGGAUGGCGAGGGCAUCGAGCUCCCUGAAAUCCUUACUGAUUCGGAGGACGAGGACGAGGAUGCGGACGCGGAUGCGAAAGCGAAUGACUUCCCUGCUGUGGAGUGGACCAACUCGCCUGCUUUGCGGGAGAGGCUCAUCACCCAAGAGGGUAUCAAUCCGGCUGACAUUUUUGGCCUUCCGGGUGCUUUGAAUAUGGAGGAGGUAUUCAGCAAGAGUAAAGACCGGUUCCACAAGUUCCGUGCCAGGACGUCGAGUGCCAACUGGACUGGGCAAGACCGGUUGACGGAGGAUGAGAUUCGAAAGGAUCUCGAAGGGCGAGACAAGCUGAGGAGACAGGGUGGAUGGACUUAUGAUUCAAUGGUCUAG